AUGCCUAUUGUCGAAAUUGCUCACUGGGCCGCUGUGAAGAAUGUCAAGGAAAAUGGUUGCAAGUUGUUGAAGCCAGCUUUGGAAACCUUGAAGAAACAAAAAGGUUGUCUUGGGGUUCGCUACGGUUUUGUCGAAGAGCAUCAUAAACUUUUUGUUUAUCUCUUUGUUGUAUGGGAUAAAUACGAGGACCAUGCAGCUUUUAUGAAGCAACCUGAUUACCCAGGUGUCCUUGGCAUCGAGCAAUGCAUUAGCGAAGGCGGAAUCGACGUGAACCAUGUCGAAUUUACUGGAGACUUUAACAAAGCUCUGAAUGCACCUGUCAUGGAAGUAUCCGUUAUCAACACGAAGAAAGGCACGGUUAAAGAACUAGUCAUUGGAUACAUCGACACACUCGCGGCCAAGGUUGCGGCCAAAAAUGUCAAAUACGAGCCGACCUGGGGAACUGCGAGGGAAAACGACAAUAGGUUUUAUGUUCUCAUUGGAUGGGACAGCGUAGACGCUCACAAACACGCGAUCAAUGAUCCCAAUUAUUUCCAUCCAUUCGAUGACGAUUUGAAGGCUGCAGCAUCUCUCAAAACCUUCCACAUCCAUUUAGAGAAGGAAAAGACCUGA